GACAGAGCCUUUGGAUGAGGACGCAAGCAAAGCAACCCAUUCAAUUAAAUAAUUCUUCGCUUACAUCAGAGGCUCAGAGCAGAGCAGCUAGCAUUAGCAUUUAGCAAGCAGACAGCAAUGGCGGCUCUGCCUCUGGGCCCAAGCAAUGAGCAAGAGCCCCCCGAGGGGGAGGCCGUCCUGGAGGGCCUUGCCAUGGCCGGCCUCGUCGCCGUCCUCCGCCAGCUCGGAGACCUCGCAGAGCUUGCCGCGGAGGUGUUGGACGGCCUGCAAGACCAAGUCAUGGCCGUGUCCGCACGAGGCCGACGACUCGCCAUGCGAGCCAAGCGGCUCCAGGCCGACCUGACCCCGUCCAUCCACAACAAACCCAACCAUCGUCUCGACUGGCACCCACGUCGCAAUCUCAACCAUCAUCAUCAGCAUGGCGUCGGAGAAGCGCCGCCGCGUUCCAUCGUCGACCACAUCAAGCGCUGUCGCGGGCCUCCGAACCUGUCAGCGCUUGACAGGUUUGAUGCUCAUGGCGAGGGCGCGUGCUUGAAGAGGUACACCGAUCCCUCCUUCUUCAGGACUUGCCAUUCUGAUGACUGCAGAUCCCAAACAGAUGCAUCCGAAAAGCAGUCUCUUGGCUUCCUUUCCAUGCUCCGGCAGCUGACACAUCGGCAGACACCCGGGAGCCUCAUCAACCUUCCAAAGUACUACGAGUCUUCAGCGGAGAAGGACUACUCCGAGACUGGCAGCUCACCUGAACCCCACAUGGAAAUGGAAAAGGCCAAGGAAAAUCGCCCUGGGCAAUCCAACGAUUCGCCAACAUCCAAUUGCUGCUCGGACUACGUGGGGAAUUGCAGUGAUGAGCUCGAGAGGACUAGCUCGUUCGAGGCAUGGCUCUCUCCAGGUGCUCGCUUCAGUACUCACGAGUAUGAAACUGCUGAUGGCACCGUGCACCACGCGAAGCAGGAUUCAGAAGCUGCAGAAACAUCCUGCAACAAGGGUGUGAGCAUUGAGGAUACCAACGCUGAUACACCGCCACUUGUACCUAUUCCUCCGAUGCAGUGGCUAUCAGUCAAGGUUCAUACAGGACCCAUUACUUAUAGAAAUUCAUUCGGAAGAAAUCGUGUGAACCGUGCAGGAGGCAAAAUUCUCAAGACUACAGAGUUGUCUGAGCCUGCAAUACAUUCAUACGAGGCUUGGUCAGAAGCUGAAGGCACAAACCAGCAGCAAGUUUUUAAUCACAAGGGACCGGAGAUUUCAUCUUGUCGCGGCACUACGGUGUCAGAUUCAGAAGCAAACAAACCAUCCCAGGCCGACUCAGCUUCAGGUCAAGGUGAUGAAGAUAGUCUGCAUCAUGAGAAUGUGUUGUUUUCAGCGGUGGAACAGCUAGCGGGAAUGUCACCUCCCUGGGUACCAAGGCCCAAGCAUCCCCUACCUGAGGUUGCAUCUCAGGACAGAAUCACGCUAAGAAACGGUCCAAGUCCGAUCCAUCGUUCGAGAAGUAUUCUGGACAGCAGGACUGCAAUGCUACAUCAAAUAAAGGACAAGGACAAGUGAAUGAACAUCUUGAUAAAGUUGUGAUUCGAUUCUAUGGGUCUCAAGUCUUGCAGUUCAUUUCCUCGAAUUGUUUCAGAACUAGUAUCCAUACUGUUGUAGCUUGUUGAUUCUAGAGGCACUUUGCAAUUUUAAACUGGUGAUGACUUUGGAUUCGCGCUUGGUGCCAAAGUGAAA